UGACGUGAGCAGGUGUUGCGUCACUACGUUUUUGUGUAGGGAAGGCAACUGCGCCUGGUUUACGCUGAUUCUCAUUUUGUUGUCUUUGUAGUAUAAGUAUUAUUUAGUGUCGGAGAGCGGAUGACCGUCCGCGAAGACCACAGACACAUUUCUUGUUCGGUAACUCACGGCAGAGCUGAUUCAAUGGAAGUGGUGGACAGCCCUCUAAACCUGGCCCAUCGGCAGUGCAGAAAAGCAGAGCAUCUGGUAGCUGCUGGAAAGUAUGAAGAGGCUAUCUCCUGCCAUGGAAAAGCUGCUGAGCUGCUGGCUGAAGCUAUGAGGACUACAGGGUGUAAGCAGGCCCGGCUGUCCAUGGAGCUUCAGAGGGACAGCCAUAUCAAACAGCAGCAUCUCAUCCAGGAGCGCUGGAAGAGAGAAGUUCGACGUGGGGCCACCAAGGCUCAGCCCAGCCUGGUGCAGCCCCUCAGUGGAUCAGGGCACCCUUCUGAAGCUCAGUACCUGGACCAGACCCCGGCUCGUGAAGCUCUUGGCCUCUCAGUUGAGCAUAGCCAAGUGGUUGAGGAGCGAGAAUAUGACACCCUACUCUACCAGUUUCAGGUACGGCAGACUGCGAGCUGCCAGCCUGGCACUCAACCGUGUUCUGGGUCAAAAACUACCAAAGAUGACAAAACUCGCCUAGAGGAGCAACAGACCACCAUUGAGGACCUGCGACGUUUUGUGGACCACCUGAUAAAUGAAAACCAGCGACUCUUGGCUGAAAAUGAGCGGCUCGGUUUGGAAAAUGCGCGGCUGCAUUCAGAGGCGGCAGACUUUGUAGAACGCUCUGAGCUCUGGGUGCUCCCACAAGCAGGCAGUGUCAUGGGAACUGGGAGUGGAAAUGAGAGGAAGAGUACUGGCACAGGCAAGGAGAUUGCAAUCCCUCAGCUGCCUCCACUAGAAAUGCCUGCUCAGGAAGAUCUGUGUCUGGAUGACCUGCCAUCCCUGGAGCUCCCAGAGGAAAUCCAAAAUGAACUACAGGAGCUCCUAGAUCAAGACCAUUAAUGCUUCAGUCCAGAAGAAGAGAGGCAUCUUUAUUUCUGAGUUGUCACUCAAAUCAAAUAACAGACCUGCGGACUCAGUGCUCCAGGAAUCUCCCAGCAGCCUCUUGUUCUCUGCUGGUGUUUGGGCCAGUGCUCCACACCUACCUCAGAGUCAUGUGAUCCCAGAACUGACCUGUGUAUGUGCUGGAACAUUUACUGUUGGAUCAAGUCAGUUGCAGCUUUAAGAUCUUUAAUUCUGCAUAUGCUGUUGGUGAAGACAUCAGUUAGCCACAACAUUAAAACCACUUGUUUAUAACAUUAGUGUAAGCACACACACUCACUCUCUCUCUCUCUCUCUCUCUCUCUCUCUCUCUCUCUCUCUCUCUCUCUCUCUCUCUCUCUCUCUCUCUCUCUCUCUCUCUCUCUCUCUCUCUCUCUCUCUCUCUCUCUCUCUCUCUCUCUCUCUCUCUCUCUCACUCUCUCACUCUCUCACUCUCUCACUCUCUCACUCUCUCACUCUCUGUCUCUCUCUCUCUCUCUCUCUCUCUCUCUCUCUCUCUCUCUCUCUCUCCCCCCCCCCCCCCAGUAUUUCUUAAACCAUCUCAUUGGACAACAUGAUGACUGUCCGCAGGCCUCUUCUCAGGCUUCAUUGGUAACUCCACUUUGGUUCCAGCUGUGGACAAACUGAGACACUUUGUCCCAUAUCAGUUAAUGAGAUGUCGCAUUCCCUCAGAAAUAAAGCUUGUGCUUCUGUAA